AUGUCUAGUAGUAGCUCUAGUAGUUCAAGUUCAGGUGCUAGUUCGGCGAGUGCCUACGGUCAUCGCAAAGGCAGCCGCCAGCAGGAACGUGUCGAAGAGGGAGUAAUUCGUUGGGAACGAGAACCACGUGGCGAAGUAUCUCGCAGCCGUAGUCGAAGCAGCAGCCGUAAUCGCAGUCACCAUGGACGCCGUAACAUCAGCCACAGUCACAGCCGGGAUAGCGAUCACCGUCGCAGGCGUGAUCGGAGUCACCGUCGCAGCCGUGAUCGGAGUCACCACCGCAGCCAUGAUCGGAGUCUCCGUUGUAGCCGGGAUCACAGCCACGAUCGCGAGCGAACCCGUUUUCGUAGCGCGUCUCCGUUGCCAAAGACGAAUUUCACGCUCGAUAGUUCCAUGGUCCGUCGCUUCAAAGACCCAAGUCUCAAGGGGUCUGAUCUGACCAAAGCGGAAAUAAACGAGAAGACUCUAAGGGCCGAGCAGUACAAAGUACUGGACGUGGCUCGCCCACUUCUUUUUUUGCGGGAGAAGAUGUCAGAGGUCGAAGAGUGGAGAUCUUCGCUGAUGGCUUACGUGGUGGACACGGCGUUACGCUUAUGGGGUCACACUUUCCACGGCAUCACGACAAGCCGCCGGGAAAAUUUGCUGAAGGUGUCAGACCCGAAGUUCGUCUCCCUUCUAAGUGAAUCCCACCGAUUCAAACCGCGUCAAUGUGGGUCGCUGUUCGGUAGAACCUUUAUCAAGGGAAUGGUUAAAGAGGCCAGAGAAGACCAGCAACUUAGGAUCAUCAGUCGCAGCAACGGACCUCCGUCCGUUUCUAGAAACCGAGGAGCGGGCUAUAGCAGCUUCAACCGAGGAUCGUCUUACGGUUUUCAUCGCGGUAGUGGCAGCCGUGCCGUUUUCAACAGCAGCUUCAACAAAGGCGCAACAAGAGGAGGCGCCUUCAACUUAAAUCGGUACGAUCCUAUCUCUAUCUGUCCUUUAAUUAGAUUAGAAACAGGGGCUAGACUGGGAUAUUUUGAAGUUUUUUGGAGUUCGUUGUCUAAAGAUCCCUGGGUAAUGUCUAGUAUUAGAGAGGGAGUCAAGAUUGAUUUUUCCAGCAUCCCUUUUCAAACAAUCGCGGGGUCUAAAAUGCCUAUGGGGAAGGAUCAGACGGAAGUUUGUGACAGGGAAAUCAUGGCUUUGCUAGAGAAAAAAGCCAUAGAACCAGUGGAAGCCUCUGCGGAGGGUUUCGUCAGUGGACUUUUCGUUAUCCCAAAGCGCUCGGGGGGUUUUCAGACCAAUUACCUCAAGGACGCCUAUCUUACCGUUCCCAUUCAUCAUGGGCAUAGGAAAUACUUUCAAAUUAGGUGGGUGGAUAUUUUGUACCAGUUUCGUUGCCUGCCCUUCGGUCUGGCAUCGGCACCUUGGAUAUUCACAAAGCUUUUGAAACCUGUCAUUACUUUUUUGAGGAAGCAAGGUUUGCGUUCCAUCAUUUAUCUUGACGACAUUCUCAUUUUGAAUGCCAGUGAAAAGGGGGCGGGUCAAGAGUACCAGUUGGCAAUAUCGGUGUUAGAAAUAUGCGGAUUUUUAAUUAAUUUGGAAAAGUCCGUAGGAGUUCCGAGCCAGGUUAUGGAAUACCUGGGAUUGAUAAUCGAUUCGAAAUCCCUUUCUCUAGCUCUUCGGCGGGAAAAAAUAGUCGAAAUAAGGGACCUUUGUCUUGCUAUGCUUAGACGUGAAUCGGUGUCCCUUCGAGAGAUUGCCAAGAUCUUGGGGAAUUUCGUUUGGGCUGUUAAAGCCAUCCCUUUUGCCCAAGCGCACUACAGGGGUAUUCAAAUGCAGUACAUUGAGGGUUGCAAAACAUUUGGUAACUCACUACAAUCGACAGUUAGCCUAGACAGUAAGUCGAAGCAGGACUUAGUUUGGUGGGCAACAAACGGCAUCAGAAGUAACGGUAAACCGAUGUCAGCAACAGAAACAGAUCUCAUAAUUUAUUCGGAUGCGUCACUUUCCGGAUGGGGUGCGGUCUUUAACGAGGUCUCCACAAGAGGCCCCUGGACUCUGGCCGACCAAAAAAGACAUAUAAACGAGCUUGAGCUUUUAGCAGCCCUUAACGGCUUGAAAGCUUUUACAAGUCGCCUGCGUAAUUCGACCAUCCGCCUAACGUUGGACAAUUUCACGGCCGUCCACUACAUAAAUAAAUCGGGGGGAACGAAAUCUCCAGCCCUAAGUGCCAUAACGGCAGAAAUUGUCGCUUGGUGUGAAGAGCGCACAUUUUCAAUCCGCGCAGUACAUCUACCGGGCAUUCUCAAUUUUCUUGCAGAUCGCCAAUCAAGGAUGCAACACGAGACCAGCGAUUGGAAACUCCAGGAGUCGACCUUUCAGCAGAUCAUGGCCCUCUGGGAUCGAAAGAUCGAUCUAUUUGCCGCGAACUGGAAUCGACAACUGGAUCUGUUUGUCAGUUGGAAACCUCAACCGGAAGCGACGGCCGUCGAUGCCUUCACAUUGAGCUGGAACGAGCUACAGGGCUACGCUUUCCCGCCCUUCAACUUAAUAUUCAAGUGCCUGUCCAAGAUCAGGAAGGACAAGGCGGAACUAGUCCUGGUGGCACCGGUGUGGCAAGCACAACCGUGGUGGCCGACCAUAAUGGAAUUGGGCAUGCCAACCUCCUCGAAUCAUUCGGCGAGAGGAUCGCUCAUCUUAGCCGCCUGGAUGUUAUCCGGAGUCGCUUCAAAGAUGAAGGAUUUUCGGACGAAGUGGUCCAGCUUCUUGUGGGAGCAAACCGUGAAGCCACAUCAGCUGCUUACCAGAGCGCCUGGAACCGUUGGCUCGGUUGGUGCUCUCAACGGAAUCAGGAUCCCUUGUUUUCUUCUAUAA